AUGGCCUCUAAACAAGUUGGUGGGCAACCUUUACAGAGUGAGGACUUUUCUGAGAUCGAGUGUCCCCCACAAUACCGUGUAACCCCUAGCCCGGAACAACAAGACGAAUGGAACAAUGUCAAUCCCUUGCCGAGACGAAGAUCUACAAAUUACAGCGACGCCUUGGAGAUGGAACACAACCUGUCGGCUGCAGUUUCUAAAGGACUGCAUGUAGAAAAAGGAUCUGACAGCAAUCCCACCCAGCAUCACCAAAGUCAUAAACGUGGAUUGCAACAGAAAGCGGCGAAACUGAAUGAAGAAGAAACGUCCUAUGAAUAUGGUAAUAUCAAGUUUGAAAACCGGGAUAUCCCUGUUAUUACUGCCUCGCAUGGCUUCGAUCGUGGCCAGUUCCAUCCACAAGAAAGUCCCCCUCGCGAAACACCAUAUGGAAUUGUUUAUUUCGACGGCAAAGAUCAAGAUCAAGAACAGGACCAAUGCCUUCCAUCUGUCCAAAGGCCUCCUUUGAAUGAAAGACGCUCUUCGCUGUUCGAGGAUUACAAAAAAGACAUGUAUGACAAACAGCAUAUGUUUGAGGGGUGA